CGGCUUCCCGCCAAAACAGCUCCGGUGUUGCCACUCAAAAAAUUCUUUUUAGAAAAAAUGAGUGCACUCCUCAUAAUCGCGGUUCUCGCCGUCGCGGCGUGGCUGCUGCGGCGCCGGGGGGCGAAGCUCCCGGGCCCGACGCCGCUGCCGGUGCUGGGCAGCCUGCACCUGCUGGGGCGGCACGAGUCCCCGUUCCAGGCGUUCACGGAGCUGGCCAAGACGUACGGCGAUGUGUUCGGGCUGCAGCUGGGCGGCAGCCGCUGCCUGGUCGUGAGCAGCCUCGAGCGCAUCCGCGAGGUGCUCAACCAGAACGGCAAGUUCUUCGGCGGCCGGCCUGACUUCCUGCGCUUCCAUCAGCUCUUCGCCGGCGACAGGAACAACUCGCUGGCGCUGUGCGACUGGUCGAACCUGCAGCUGCGGCGGCGCAACCUGGCGCGCCGGCACUGCGGGCCCAAGGCGCACACCGACAACUUCGCGCGCAUCGGCCGCGUCGCCGCCUUCGAGGCCGUCGAGCUCGUGGACGCGCUCCGCACCCGCGCGCGCGCCGCCGCCGGCGCCCUGGACGUCAAGCCGCUCCUGAUGCGCGCCGCCAUGAACAUGUUCGCCGGCUACAUGUGCCACGCGCGCUUCGACCCCGACCACGACGCCGACUUCGUCCGGAUCGUCGACCACUUCGACGAGAUCUUCUGGGAGAUCAACCAGGGCUACGCCGUGGACUUCCUGCCCUGGCUCGCGCCCUUCUACAGUAAACACAUGGCCAAGCUGUCGACGUGGGCGAGCGACAUCCGCGCCUUCAUCCUGUCGCGCAUCGUGGAGCAGCGCGAGGCCGAGCUGGACCCCGACGCGCCCGAGCGCGACUUCCUCGACGGGCUGCUGCGCGUGUUGCGCGACGACCCCACCGUCGACCGCAACACGAUCAUCUUCAUGCUGGAGGACUUCCUCGGCGGCCACUCGUCCGUCGGCAACCUGGUGAUGCUGGCGCUGGCGGCGGUGGCGCGCGACCCGGCGGUCGGGCGGCGCGUGCGGGCCGAGAUCGACGCCGCCACGCGCGGCCGCCGCCCCGUCGCGCUCGCCGACCGCCCCGCGCUGCCCUACACGGAGGCCACGAUCCUCGAGUGCCUGCGCUACGCGUCGUCGCCGAUCGUGCCGCACGUCGCCACCGAGGACGCUGUGGUGGCCGGCCUCCCGGUGGAGAAGGGCACGGUCGUGUUCAUCAACAACUACGAGCUGAACACGUCGCCGGCCUACUGGAGCGAGCCCGACAAGUUCGACCCCGCGCGCUUCCUCGAGAGGACGCGGACGCGCGCGCGCCGCAACUCGCAGUGCGACAGCGGCAUGGAGAGCGACGGCGAGCGCGCCGAGCCGCGCCCCGAGCGGCGGCCGAGCCGGGCCGAACGCCGGCCGAGCGCCGCCGACGAGCGGGAGACGUACGCCGUGCGGCGGAACAUCCCGCACUUCCUGCCCUUCAGCAUCGGCAAACGGACGUGCAUCGGCCAGACGCUCGUCACCACCAUGAGCUUCGUGAUGUUCGCGAACGUGGUGGCGGAGUUCGAGGUGGGGGCGGAGGACGCGGCGAGCCUGCGCCAACGGCCGGCGUGCGCGGCGCUGCCCCGCGAGACCUUCCGCCUGCAUAUGCUGCCGCGUAAACGCUGACGCUUGCUAGUCGAUGUCUAGGGUCGAUGGGUCCCCUCCGCCCCGGGCGAACCCGGGCUCGCCGAUUGAGGUCGGAGGUCGCGGCGGCUCCGCGGAGCACCCGGCCCCGGGGCGGAGGCCGGGCCCCGGUUGAACGCUCAAACGUUAUUUAUUUGUCGAAAUAUUUAGAUUAAUGUGGAGGAGGUCGUCGCGCGGACCCCCGCCGUCCGCGGUCCGUACGCUAGGGUCUAGGUUAUUGUGCUAUAUUAUGAGAUUUUACAUCGUUAACGACCAGACUAUCAAAAACUAAUUUCGGUUUAAAGUUUACUAGUUAUUUAGUUUUUCAAUUUACAGGGUAGUUAUUUGUUAAAUUAAUUGUUUUGUUACUCGUACUAAUAAUAGUAGAAUAUGGCAGAGCAAACUGUCCGUACACAUGGGUCGCUCUCGGGGAGUAGUAGAAUUUUCAGUGUACUUAACAGUUUAAAUUUUAAAUACACUGUACACCUGACACCACCGACAAUGUUAAAGUCGAAUAAAAUAUAGGCAGUCAUCAUUAUGAUGAUUGCGCCAUUAAAAAUUAUGUAGAGCUACCUUAAUAGUCCUCAAUAUUUUUUUAUUAUUAUUAUUAUUUAUUUUCAUCAGACCAUAGAGCUAUAGACCAUCCCUUUUUUGGAAGUCGACUUAAUUAGCAACUAUUUAGCCGCUAAGGUCAGGGUUUCGAAGGAUCUUAGAGUAGUCAGCGAGUUGACAACGAUUAGCCGCGUCGCGCCGCUCCCGCCGCCCUUCGUGUUGUAAGCGGCGUAGGGCAUAGAUAAUAGAGGCCGGCAGUGACCCACAUACAUACAUUUGCCCUGUCGUUUUGUUUUCGUCCUACCCUCGAGUCUGUCGCAACUAUGAAUCUCAACGAUUGCGUGCGCCCGGUACAUGAUUUAUUAAUAAGUCAGUGAUCUAGUUUUGUUACGAUUCAAUUUGGAAAAUUGUCGAUCCUUCGUGUGUUGUGUAGAAGUCGAAUGUUAAGUUUCACCAAAACAUGCUAAAGAUGAUCGAUUGAUCGAGUUUCGUUUUGUUCCUUGUAGUAAAGAAUGUUAAUUAGGCAAUCGCUUAACUUUAGCAGGCGUCGGUGAAAUCAGAACUAAAAGUUUCAAAAGAAUUAAUAUUAUAGUCGAAUGUUCGAUAGUUGUAGCACAGUCACUGUAGUAACUCAUAAAAAGUCUUAUCAAAGUUUAUAAAAUUUUGUUAAAGUUUACAUAAAUAGUUAGGUACUUGCAAAUUGACAUCAAUGUUGAAAGUAGUGAAACUAAAGAGGUUAAUAAAAGAUGUGAUGUA